ACUGUUUUAAAAAUUUGAUUAAUAGCAUGCUAAAAACACUUCAAAGGCUGAAGAGACCUUCUACAUUCACCAAAAAGCUUCAAAUUCAACCUGAGCCAUGGGUAGUGCUGCAUCAAGGAACAGUSAAGUCAAACACGACCAAACCAAAGCACUGGACGUGGUUCAAGAGGAAUUCAGUGAUGAUACAUCUCAAAGAAUAGUUUUAAUCACUGGUUGCUCAACUGGAAUUGGUCUUGCUAUCGCUGCAUUGCUAGCMAAUGAUGAACAGAAACGAUUCAAAGUGUAUGCCACGAUGAGAAACCUUAGUAAAAAGGAAGGCAUAGAGGAAGCAGCGAAAGAUGUYCUUGGCGAACUCUUGAUUGUAAAGGAACUUGAUGUUUGCGAAGAAGAAUCUGUCAAAACAGUGAUAAAAGAAAUACUCGACAAAGAACAACGUAUAGAUAUCCUUGUGAAUAAUGCUGGUGUAGCUGUCUUCUCUCCUGCUGAAUGUGUAGACAUGGACAAAAUCAAAACUAUCUUCAAUACUAACGUAUUCGGUUUAAUGCAUUUGACCAAUGAGGUCAUCCCUAACAUGAAGUCGAGGGAGUGUGGGCACAUUGUCCAUAUAAGCAGCGUCUAUGGAAUGCUGGGAUUGCCGUUUGGCGACUACUACGCUUCAUCGAAGUUUGCYGUUGAAGGCUUUGCAGAAUCAUUAGCACCAGUUCUACAGAAGUUUAAGAUCAAGACAACAAUGAUUGAACCCGGCCCAGUCUCCACGCAGUUUGCAGCUAACGCCAAAGACAUCCGUGAACAAGUUGAUCUUUCUAGCAGUGAUGAAAAGACUAAGGCACUGAUGAAAGAGACUUUGAUGACUUAUCAUCAAACAAUAUUGAAUAAUUCACAAACACCAUCGGAAAUAGCAGAAUUGGUUAAAAAAGUCUUGUUGCUUAAGAAUCCACACUUUCGUUAUCAGUCAAACAAGACUUACAGACAAAAAGAGAUGCAUACUAAACUCAAAGACAUGAAUGGCGAUGGAUUGAUGGGAUUGUUUUCAAAAAGAUUUGCAUCUCAUGACRAGUAGCACCAGCUCGCGAUAAUAACAAGAACCCAAAAAUAGCUAUAUUAAAGACAAGUGCAGUAUAAAAAGCAAGGGAGCAGAAAUAUUGUAUUUUUUUAUAUUUUUAAUUUAUCAUGUAGUUUAAUAGACUUCUGGUAAACAUGCUAAAUAGCUUUCAAACAAAAUAAAGAUUAUUCAUCUAUCGAUC